CGUCCAUUACUUCCUUAGAAUCAAGAUUAUUGAAAGUAAAAGCGUUAUUCACUAUGACGGUUUGUUCUUUUAAGUAUUAUUCACCUAGAUCUGGGAUUUCAUGGGAAGACGAGCUACAAGGGAAAGAAAGCUUACAAGUGAUAUCUUCUGCCAUACAGGAGAAACAAACGAAUUAUCAACCGUACCAAUUGUCCAGAACCAAUAAUUAUGAAAGAGAAUGGAGCAAAAAUCACCAUAACAUAACCUCCCCAUGGUCAAGUAAAGUUUCUUUUUCGGCAUCUCAAUCAAAUUGCUCAAUGGAUAAAAAUAAUGGAACUCAAUCAUUGGAGGCAACAAAGAAUAAUCAAUGUCUCCUGGAAGUCAAGUCAGGAAAAGAUUAUCAACGUUGUGUUUG